GACCCGGCGGGUCGGGGGCGGGGCGUCCGUGACUGGGCCCCUCCCCCGCCGCCCGCCCGCUCCAGCUCCAUUGUCUGCUCGGCUCGGAGCAGCGGCGGCCCCGGGGCUGGGAGUCCGGCUGGGCAGCGCGGGCAGUGGGGUCGGGCAUGCCUGGCGGCGGGAGUGACGCCCCCUGAAGCCUGCGCCGGGAGCAUGGGCACCGGCAGCCUCCGAAGCGCUCCUCCGCGGGGCCCUAGGCGCCCGGGGCUCGGCUGCCUCUGGGUGGCCCUGCUCGCGCUGAAGACCGUGCGAGGGAGUGUGGACACGGAGCCCCCCGACCCGGUCUACCUGCCGGCCGCUCUGGAGCUCCUAGAAGCCCCGGAGUACUUCCGCCUCCAGCAGAUCGGGCGCUACCCUCCCGCCAACGCCUCGAUGGGCUCCCGCUCCGAGACCUUCCUGCUCCUGCAUCCGCAGCCGAGGGCACAGCCCCUCCUCCGGGCAUCCUACCCGCCCUUCACCACCCAGCAGGCGGUGCCAGGCCGGGCCACGGAGCCCAGCGGCUUGCUCGCCGCCUGGGAUGUUCGGGCCGUGUCGGUGGAGACCGUCCUCACGCCCGUGGAGCCCCACGCCCGGGUCCUGUUCUACCUCAAGGGGCAGGACUGGCAGCCGGGCCCCCGACCUCUGCCCUGUGCCCGGCUCCACGCCACCCACCCCCUGGGCACUGCACACCGCGCCUGCCGCUUCCAGCCUCCCCUGGGCGCGUGUGUGGUGGAGAUGGAGCUCCCCCGGGCCUGGUUCUCCAGCGUCGCCGCCACCAGGGCCGAGCUGGCCUACACCUUGGAGCCGGCGGCCGACGAGCCGGGGCGCUGCGCUCCCCCCGGGGACGCGCUGCCCCCCGAGCGGCCCCUGCCCGUGGGCUGGGUGGAGAUCCAGCCGGCCGACCCCCCUCGCCAGCAGGAGGUGCCGCUGGACGCCGCCGUCCGCCUGCGCGUGUCCGACGCCGCCGUGAGGCCGGGGCAGCCCUUCCACGCGACCCUUCUGCUGCGGCGCAACUUCACCGACGAGCACCUGACGCUCUGGGUCAAGGUCAAGAAGGGGCUCCAGGUGAUGGCUGCCCGCCCGGCGCAUCCCUCCCUCUGGACGGCCCAGCUGGAGCGACUAAAGGGCUCCAAGCACCCCACGGUGCUCAUCAGCUGCCGCGCCACGGGCGCCCGGGGCCCCAACAUCAGCCCACCUGGAUUCUCUGAGUUCCUGUGGGUGGACUUUAUGGUGGAGAACGGCACGGGGGCCGCCGCGUCGUCCACCCGGCCCGUCACGUGGCAGCUGGAGUACCCCAGCCAGGUCCCCGAGGCCAAGAAGGACAAGAUGGUGUGGGAGAUCCUGGUGGCGGAGCGGGACGUGCGGGCACUCGUCCCCAUGGCGCAGACGGAGGAGCUGGUGAACACGGCCCCGCUGACCGGCGUCCCUCGCAGAGUCCCCAUCCGGCUGGUCACCGUGGAGAUGGGUGGAAACGUGGCCGAGGUCACCGAGCAGGUGGGCUGCGAGUCGGCCAACACGCAGGUCCUGCAGGUGUCGGAGGCGUGCGACGAGGCCUUCGUGGAAGGCAAGGAGAGCCGGGGAGGCCGCGGCGUGCGGCUGGACUUCUGGUGGCGCCGGCUCCGGGCCUCGCUGCGCGUGACCGUGUGGGCCCCGCUGCUGCCGCUGCGCGUCGAGAUGACCGACACCAGCCUGGAGCAAGUGCGAGGCUGGAGGGUGCCCGGGCCGGCCGCAGGCGCCCCCGCGGAGCCUGACGAAGGAGGCGACGAGGCAGAGCGGCGGGCCCGGAGCUGCCGGCUGCAGUACCAGCGGGCGGCCGUGCGCUUCCUCGUUCCCUUCGUGGCCCACCCUGCAGACGGAGGCCGCCAUCUCACUUAUCUGCUGGGCCCCGACUGGCUGCUGGACGUGUCUCACCUCGUGGCGCCCCACGCCCGUGUCCAGGACCCCCGCGUGGCCACGCUGGAGGGGGGCCACGUCCUGGUGGGCCGGGAGCCGGGGGUGACGUCCCUGGAGGUCCGCUCGCCGCUGUCCGACUCCAUCCUCGGGGAGCAGACUCUGUCCGUGACGGAGGACAAGGUCUCUGUGCUGGAGCUGCGGGUGCAGCCAGUGACGGGCCUCUCGCUGGCGCUGCGCCGGGGCCCUGCCCACCCCGGGGAGAUCACCGCCACGUGCUGGGCACACACGGCGCCCCCUGGCUCAGAACAGGAAGUCUCCUUCUCGCUGUGGCUGGCCUUCUCGGACCACAGCGUGGCCCCCGCAGAGCUGUUUGACCCCAGGGACCUGGCCCUGUCGGUCUCCACCGAGGAGCCCGGCGCCUUCUCCCCGGCGGCCCCUGGCAGGGAGCCGGGGGGCUUCUUUGGGGGGCUGGUGAGCGGCGGGGCCCAAGAGGGGAUGCCCCUGCAGGUGGGCCUGCACUCGCCGGAGUCCUGCCGCCGGGGCAAGCACCGGCCCCCGCUGGCCUCGGCCACGGCCUGGCUGGGGGCGCCUCCCGUGCCCCCUCGGCAGCACGAGCAGGUCCCCCCGUCUGCCUCGGCCCCCCCGGCCCCCAAGGGCCCCGGAGGUGGGGGGAGGCGGCCGGGGCUGGAGGGAGAGGGGGGCCUAAGGAGCAAGUUUGAGCUCCCCGAGGACCACCAGGAAGAGCAGGAGGAGGAGGAGGAGGAGGAGGAAGAAGAGGAAGAGGAGGAGGAGAUGGUGAGGGCCCCCCAGAGGGUGACGGACCUGGAGCUGGGCCUGUACGCCCUGCUCAGCAUCUUCUGCCUCGCCAUCUUCAUCUUCCUUGUCAACGGGGUGGUCUUUGUGCUGCGCUAUCAGCGCAAGGAGCCCCCCGACGCCCCGGCCUCCGGGGGCCCCGCUUCCCCUCAGCCCCACAACUGGGUCUGGCUGGGGACGGACCAGGAGGAGCUGAGCCGGCAGUUGGACCGGCGCCCCCCCCGGGAGGAGAGACCCCCAAGCCCGGCCCCCCCUGCCCUGGGGGAGGGAGGCUGCCGCUGUGAGGGAGGGGGAGGAGGAGGGGGGAGCAGCCCGGACCCCCCCCCUCCCCUGGGGGCCACCCUGCCACGGAAGGAGCCGGGGGGCCGGAGGAAGCGCGUGGAGUUCGUGACCUUCGCCACGGCCCCCCCCGCCCGGCCCCCCGAGGAGCCCCCGGCCCCGGCCGUGCAGUCCAUCCUGGUGGCCGGGGAGGAGGACAUCCGCUGGGUGUGUGAAGACAUGGGGCUCAAGGACCCCGACGAGCUGAGGAGCUACAUGGAGAGGAUCCGGGGCAGCUCCUGACUCGGGGGCUUCCCCAGCCCAGACGUCUUUGUGGGUGUUGAACUUGCCCUCUGACCCCCCUGCCUGCCGCCCAGCCCCGGCCCCGGCCCCGGCCCGCUCCCCUCCCCGCCUCGCUCGUUAUUUAUGACAAACGGUUUAUUCUCACGUUGGCUACAAAAUAAAAUAGAAAGGAAAUGUC